UUAGCUGAAGAUAAGGAAGAUUCUAACCGGUGAUUUUCGCUCCGCUCUGUUUGGCGUAAUCUUAGUCGAUUUAGCUACAAUAUAAUUAAUUAUAAAUUCUGACACAGCCUAAAAACAAAAGGAAACAACUCAAACUUUUUUGGGAGAGAGAAAGGAAGAAGAUGUCAGGUGUGACGAACCGGCAGCAAGAGGAGGACAAGAAGCCCAACGAUCAGUCUGGCCACAUCAACCUCAAAGUCAAGGGCCAGGAUGGGAAUGAAGUCUUUUUCCGGAUUAAAAGAAGCACUCAGCUGAAAAAGCUUAUGAAUGCGUAUUGUGAUCGACAAUCUGUGGAGUUUAACUCAAUUGCUUUCUUGUUUGAUGGCCGUCGUCUCCGAGCAGAGCAGACUCCCGAUGAGCUGGAAAUGGAGGAUGGUGAUGAGAUAGAUGCAAUGUUGCACCAAACUGGUGGAACAACCGCUUAGAUGUGUGCCUAUCAAAGCUAUUUAGCAUGUAGGUUAGGCUGGAUUGUUAGGUUUUUGGGUUUGUAGUAGACAUCUUGCCUUGUGAAGUGUGGCUCUCUCUCAGACAAGAUUCAAAACUUGAAUAGUACGUUAGUUUUUCUUAUUGAACUCUGCUUAACUUGGGUCACUUUCAAUGCCCGUUUCUGUUUUCUUAUCAAGGUGCAGUUUGCAGCAUCAUCUUGCUAUUCA